CACCAACACUGUAGUCAACGUUAUCGAAGCUGUCGCUUGGAAGAUACCUAGCAUGGAUGACUUACCAUUGGAUACACAUCAUCCUGCCGUGCGCGACUAUUUGUCGCUAAUUCGGCUACAAGUCUUGACACCCUUGUCACUACUUAUUAACAUUGCGACUGUGAUGAUAUGUGCUCUCGUUGUUUCUCCAUCACUCGGAGACGUCGUGAAAUGGUUCCCUGCAUCAAUAUCUCCAUACACACCCUUGAUUGCUGCAUAUUUUGCGGCUAUAUACGUGUGCCAAAUAGGGUAUUGCGUUCUCCUCGUGAUCGCAAGGAAGCGGGAAACGAAGGCAACGGUCGUCAAGGGAGUUGGUAUGGCAUUAGUAUUCUCCAACUUUGUCACAGCAGCAUGGGCUAUUACAUGGGUAUUCCGCAUGUUUCUGGCUUCCACAGUCCUCCUCGGAAUACUUCUACUUCUCCUCAUUUACUGCAAUGUCGUAUUAUUCACGUAUCACCCACCUACGCGAGCUCGUCCUCUCGAUGUCGCCCUCAUUCACGGACCCAUCCGUCUCUUCCUCAUUCUUCCUCUCAUGCUCCUGUUCCCAUAUUCUCUAUUCGUCACACUAGGCCACGCUUGGGACCCUGCCCACAAAGAUCACUACCGUGCUCAUCAAUGGGAAGGAUUCGGCGUGAUCCUUGGUGUCAACUUACUUGGACUAAUCAUCGUUGCUGUCCGACGCGAUAUCGUGUGGUGUGUUGGGGCCACAUGGAUCAAUGUAGCGAUUUGGGCCACAAAACUCAAGCCUGCGCCCGUCUAUAUCACUUGCAUCAUGUUUACCGUUCUGCACCCCCUCACGCUCCUCGCCGCCGCCAUUUGGGUUACCUUUUUCAAGAAAGAAGAGGGCAUGAUCAUGCUCCCGCCUGAUGAGGAAUCCGAUGGCCCCAGAGAAAAUGGAAGGGAAAGACCCGCGAGAGAGCUUGAUGCGAAUGAUUGGAGUUGAGCGUUUAGUACUAGUUAUGGCUGAACGAGCAAUGGUGAAGGUUCAGCGGGAGGGAAAAGAGCCUGAGGAAGAUGGUGCGAGGAGUGGUGUCGAUUUUUUUUACGGAUAUUUUGUGUUCUGCGGGUUCCAUUAUGCACGAUUGAGACCGACUCUCGGAUUGUACAUCCUAA